AUGCCCAAACCAAAGGCCCCCACAUCCAAGCGAACCUCUACUCGACUGAGAGAGGGUAUCAAGAAGAAGGCUGCCGCCCAUGGUCGAAAACAGCGAAAGCUCGCCAAGAAGGACGUGACCUGGAAGUCCAAAAACAAGAAGGAUCUCGGUAUCCCCAACUCCUUCCCCUACAAGGAGCAGCUUUUGCAGCAGCUGGACGCACAGAAACAGGCCGAGGUGGCCGAGAAGGAGCGAAAGAAGGAGGAAGCUCGACAGGCCCGAGCUGAGGCCCGGUCUCGAGGCGAGGACGUGCCUGAUGAGGAGGAAUUUGAGGACAACCCCAUGGCUGCUCUGUUGGCCAGUGCACGGGCUGCUGCCGAGGAGUACGAUGGCAGUGAUGACGAGGACGAAGAGAUGGAGAGCGAGGUUACGGAGCUGGAUGUCAAGGUCAACCCUGGUGAUGAUGUGUUUAACGAGUCUUCGCGAAAGGCCUUCGACAAGAUCUUCAAGACCGUUGUGGACCAGGCUGAUGUCAUUCUCUACGUUCUGGACUCUCGAGAUCCCGAGGGAACCCGGUCUCGAGCUGUCGAAUCUGCCAUUCUGUCCAAUCCCGACAAGCGACUUAUUUUCAUUCUUAACAAGGUUGAUCUGAUCCCUGCCGAGAACCUGCAGAACUGGGUCAACACUCUGCGACUCACCUUCCCCACUUUGCCCCUGCGAGCUGCCAACUCCGGUCCCGUGACCGGCCGACAGCUCUGCAACAAAAACGUGACCCAGCAGUCCACCUCCACCGCUCUGCUGGACGCCCUCAAAAAGUACGCUAAGGACUCGCAGCUUAAGCGGUCUGUCAUUGUCGGAGUCAUUGGCUACCCUAACGUUGGAAAGUCAUCCAUCAUCAACGCUCUCACCAAGAUCCAUGGAGGAGGACGAGCCUGUCCCGUCGGAGCCCAAGCCGGUGUCACUACCGCUCUUCGAGAGGUCAAGAUCGACAACAAGCUCAAGAUUCUCGACUCUCCCGGUAUCGUUUUCCCCUCCGAGAAGGCCAACAAGGUGCAGGAGCAGGCCCGUCUCGUGCUCUUGAAUGCAAUUCCUGCUAAGCAGAUGGUCGACCAGGUUCCCGCUGUCCAGCUGCUGCUCAAGCGACUCACCAACGACGAGUCUCUGUUGCAGCAGUUCAUGGAGCACUACUCUAUCCCCCCUCUGUCGCACGCCAACUUCAAGGACUUCACCACAAACGUGCUAAUUCACGUGGCUCGAAAGACUGGCCGACUCGGCAAGGGAGGAAUCCCCAACCUCGAGGCUGCCUCCAAGAACAUCAUCAACGACUGGAGAGACGGGCGAAUUCUCGGAUGGACCCAGGCUCCCGAGUACACUGAGGCCCUUGCCGACGAGGAGAACCGACCUGGUAUCUCGUCAUCUAAGUCCCUCAAGGCUCCCGCCAAGCAGCAGGACACCAAGACUGUGGUCCAGGAGUGGGCCAAGGAGUUUGAUCUCGGCGGUCUGUGGACCCCAGGAGAGGAUGACGAGGACGUGGACAUGUAG